CUUUUCUUUUGCGCGCGAUAUGUUUCCGAUAACAGGAAAGCGAGCGGGAAAUCUGAUUUGCCGAAUCUGUCUGACCAAACGCAGCUCAUUGCAAGUGUGAAUGGAGUGCAGCAUCUUUGCGUCCACUUGACUCAAUAUGAAUACAGUGCUAAAUCUUUUCCGCCGCGAAGCCGGAAACGGUUUCUGCCAACAGUACGAUGCCUCAUUGAUGCGACUACAAGUCCACGAGCGGGACAGUUGGAAGGGUAUCACACCGUCAACGUUUAAUGCGGACUACAAUCCAUCGCCACCGAUACUGGCGGCAAAGUUUGCCAAAUGUGCCGCCCAGGAACACAUACUGGCGAUCGCAAACGAGGAUGGCAAGAUCGCCGUGCAGGACACGAAUCUGGUUAACGAGGAACCGGGCGGUGAGCGGGCGCUUGAGGGUCACCAGUGUCACUACAACGCCGUGUUCGACAUCGAGUGGAUGCCGGGUGAGAUGAAGCUGGUGUCGGCUUCCGGAGAUCAUACGGCUCAGCUUUGGUCGCUGACGGAGUCCGAGAUGGUCAGCACGCAGUCGUUCCGUGGUCAUUCGCGCUCGGUUAAAACGGUCGCGUUUCGCAGGGACGAUCCCGCGGUGUUUGCGACGGGUGGAAGGGACGGUGCGAUCAUUAUCUGGGAUGUUCGGGCGCAGCUUGGUGCGAAUAUGCUUCCACGUGCAGACAACUGCAUCUACAGUGGACACGCAGGAGGACCCGGAACACCUGCUUCGCAUCGGAAGCGAACACGACAGACACCGAAAAUUCCGGCGCAAGGCUGUAGCAGCAGCAUUACCGGGUUGGUGUUUCAGGAUGACAAUACGUUGAUCUCUUGUGGCGCCGGUGAUGGCGUGGUGAAGGUUUGGGACACACGGCGUCAUUACACCAGCCACCAACGGGAUCCACUCCCGAAGCAUAGCUUUUCCUAUGCCGGCACCACCGCACUGAAGGGUUUCACAAACUUGACCAUAGACGAGCGGCGCCAUCGGCUGUACGUGAACUGUAUGGACAAUUACAUCUACUGCUACAACAUAUCCACGUACGACGGAAAUCCAUUACAACGCUACGGUGGCUUUAAAAACGGUACAUUCUACGUCAAGGCUGCGCUCAGCCCGGACGGCCAAUACCUAAUCAGUGGAUCCAGCGACGAACAGUGCUACAUCUGGAAUGUGGACAACCCGAAGCCACUGGUGAAGCUUUUGGGCCAUGCGGCCGAGGUGACCAGCGUCGCGUGGAUGCAGAACGAUCGGGAUGUACGCAUCGUGACCUGUUCGGACGAUGCACGACACAAGGUGUGGCGUCUCGGGCCAGCGGAUAUGGAUUUUGACACUCAACAGCAGCUACGGGGUUCUGCCGAGUACUGCGAUUCCUAUCGAACGGAGAAGGUAGAAAAGGAGCGCUUAAAAUCGCUUGCAUUCACACCUCGCUCGGUGCGGGGACUCGUGCGACGUAAUGAAACAACUCCGGGCACAAUGGACGAACCCACUAGGACACCGAAAACCUCAGGGUUGGCCACGGCCGGCCUCCCUAGAGGAUCCGCCGGUGGUCCGGAGAGAACUAAAAGAACAUUCACCGCAAUGUCACAGGACGGGGAGGAGGGCGCCACGGCAGCCAAUGCCGAUCGUAGCCAAUGCCCACCAGUGAAGCGACCCUAUCGGGAGGAGUGCCGAGGUCGACGGUUGUUCAGUCCGGCCAACUCCAAAUCGGCAUUUAGCUUUACGGCACUCGAGAUCGCAUCGAGCUCGUCGAACUCGCGCAGUCUGAAUGUUAUUCUGGAGGCGAGCGACGAGCAAGCGUUUGGUCUUUCACCAUGCAAAUCUCCGCUCGGUACGGCCGAUCUCAACACACGCCCGACGGAUCGUGACGAUCGAACGCUAGGAGGUACCUCGUCCUGUUCCCUUUCGUUACGAUGCGCUUCCCCAACGUUGAACAUAAACCUACCAAACUUCGUCAUCGACGGUGAGGCACCACAUCUAGUCAACGUGAUUGCCGCGUGCGGUAGCUUGGAGGAAUCGUACGGCAUCGCCGGUAGCAACGGAACUGGUGCCGGUGGGUCAGCAAAGCGUAAGCUCAAAGAAAACAUCGACUGGUUGACAAAGAUCCGCAAGCAGAAGCUACAACAGGCGGCCAAAAGUAUCGAGCACGGAAAUGGGACGACACUGCUGGACCGUAGCGUCCUGGAUGGACCGAUCAUGGAGGAGUCUGUUUCACUGCUACUUUCGCCACGUCUUCAGCAGUUGAAAACGUGUGACGAUGGUGGUGGUGGUGGAGCGGAUCAGCAGCAUCACCAAACUGUUAAUAAUGCCACCAUCAGUGUGACGAAUACACCUACGACGCCACGUGGAAGACUAAGCUCAAGAUCUAGCAUCGACUGCACGACACUGGGAACGUCGCAAAGCGCCAGCGUACUACCUACGGAACCUCGCCGGACACCAAGAAGUCGCCGCAAUUCAAUGAGUGGCGUUGGGCCGGGUUUGCAUCCGACGACACCGGAAUCGGCAUCCAUUAGACGAUUUCUAACAGUCACAACGCCUACUAGUCGAGCGAAUGCGCAAGCGACAAAUUGACGAUUUGGAUAAGUGGAGUGGCGGAAAGCCUGCAUCAUCCCAAGAAAGGUACCUAGUUCGUUUCUAUUGACCGACCGGCAUAUAGGGUAUUGUUACACACGUUUUGUUCGAAACUGUUCGAAAGCCUCCAGCCUUCGUACGGGAUAAUUUGACUAACCACAAAAUACCUCUUGAUAAAAAAGAUUUUAACUAAAUAAGAAUAGGAUUAAGGUGUAUUGAGGUCAAUGAUUUAACAAAUAGCCUAGUGGCCCCGUUUGACUGGGGUGGAAGUUUUACGUUUGGAUGAAUUGGAGCACAAAAGUACCAUUGAAAAAACAUUAUUUGCGAAGUAUACGAGCUCUCGAAGAAAUCUUCCCCAGUUUUGCAGUACCUUUAGUGGGUUGCUUUUAAUUAAAAAAAAAAACGUGUUGUUUUUACCAUGAUCUACUUAUAUCAAACCAUCGAAAUACUUUCGAAAUUUAUUCUGCCUAUUAAUUGACAGUUUCCUCGUGGCCUUGAGCAGUAUAUAGACAAAUCAUACUACAAAUAUCCUUUACUCGCUAAAAAUUGUGUUUCAUGUUGUAUGAAAUUGUAGUUUCUCAUAUAUUCUUAACAUUCACGAAAUGAUUGAGGGUCAGACCACGCGUGAAUUUAUCGAAUCGGUUGCUAAUAUACGAAUUAUUCGCUAUUGUUUCCUUGCCUGUACGUAUGGGCAUAGACAUACAUAAUUUUGUGUUGAAGAAAAUUCAUUCAACACUGUACAGAGAAUAAAGGCACCAAACGCUUCCUGAAAGACCUUAA